AAUAAACGCGAUAAACAUUUAACAUGUGCUGUGUUGGUAUAUAAGGUCGUCACUAAUGUUAAUUACUAAUUAGUGUGUAUUUAAAAAAUUGACUUGAGAUGUGUUUUGAAAUAUAUAAUAUAAAAAAUUCCUACGUAAACUAGAAAAAUGCUACCUGGAUACGGAGCUGUGACACAAGCCCUUUUGGGCACGCUCCUGACGUGGGGUUUGACUGCCGCUGGAGCCGGCUGUGUCUUCUUUAUUCGAGGAAAACAUAGGAAAGUACUCGAUGUCUCACUGGGAUUCGCAGCAGGUGUUAUGACGGCAGCAUCUUAUUGGUCGCUUUUAGAACCAGCUAUUGAAAUGUGUAAAGAAUCUGGAAUGUAUGGUGAUGAAGGACAGUUCGCAUUCGUACCUGUUGCUGUGGGAUUUCUUUUUGGAGCUAUAUUUGUUUUUGGUACAGACCGGUUCCUGGAUUAUCUAGGAAUAAGUUCAACAAAUAUGAUGAUAAGUAUAACAAAGAGCAAAGAUUCCAAAGAAAAGCUCGAAGACUUGGAAAUGAUGACGGCAUUGAACCGUCGAUCAUCGAAUCCCACAGUUGUUACGAUGGAGGCAACUCAGCCAGUCGAGUUCGCAGAUUGCAUCUCAAACCAGCACACGGCUCAAAGAAGAAGGCACCAUCACUCACAACAUUCACUUAAAAAUGGUGAAGUUGGUGAAGGUGAUAGAAGAGACAGUGUUAUGCGGUCACUAGAAGCACGUCAGUCUCAGUGGAAGAGGAUAAUGCUUCUGGUAGUGGCCAUCACAGUCCAUAAUAUACCAGAAGGUUUGGCUGUGGGUGUGGCUUUUGGAGCCGCUGCAUCAUCCAGUAAAGCCUCAUUUCAUAGUGCCAGAAAUCUGGCGCUGGGCAUUGGCAUCCAGAACUUCCCUGAAGGACUAGCUGUGAGCCUGCCUCUUCAGUCAGCUGGCUUCUCAGUAUGGAGAGCCUUUUGGUACGGCCAGCUGUCAGGUAUGGUGGAGCCAGUCUUCGGGGUGCUUGGCGCUGUGGCUGUUGCGUAUGCGCAACCAGCUUUGCCCUACGCACUGGCCUUCGCGGCGGGUGCCAUGAUAUACGUAGUAGCUGAUGACAUCAUCCCUGAGGCGAAUGCGUCGGGUAACGGCAAGUUGGCUACGUGGGGCUGCAUCAUCGGUUUCCUGGUGAUGAUGUGUUUAGACGUAGGCCUUGGGUAAUCGAACAAAUAUACAAUCACGCUGUGCCUUUCACGACUUCAUUUGAGACAGUAUACGUAAAUUUUAGACACAUUUUUGAGUUUGACAAUGUAAUAAUGAUAUAUCUUAGUGCCGUACAUCGCUUUACGAAACAUACAGGGGUAUGAUAUUUGUCGCAGAUUUUCGUUAACAUGUAUUCGUAAAAUUUUCUUCUGUUUUAACUCCGUUUAGUACUGAAAAUUCGAAGUUGUUUUUGAAGUUUUUAAAGUUUUGUGUUUUUACGCUUAGUGCGUAAAAGAGUAGGCAUUGACGUUAAAAGCCAUUUGGCUUUUAGAACCUGAAUUAACUCUUUAUUUCUUUAACUUUCGUAAAAGAUCGCAAUGUAGCGACUUCAUUACUUCUAUAUACGCACUAACCACAGCUCUCGUGACUACUUUGGGUAAGAUUCAGAAACGAGUACGCAAUUUUUUUUGGAUUUUUAUUUAGGAAGUGAUUGUUCGCGCUUCUUUCUGAAUCUCACCCAAAGAGUCUACAAUAUGGCUGUAAAAUUUCUGUAGAAAAUGAUUACAACACAUUUAUUUUGCAAUAGACUUCGCUAAUGAGAAUGAGUUUCUAAACUACAAUAUAAUAAUGAAGUUUUAGUACGUUGUUUUCUCAAAUGGAUAUAUUUCGAGCGUGCUAAUGGAUUGAUUUGCCAAAUGUUACUGUAUAUAGUAUAUAGGUACUAGCUUAUUUAUAAACGUACUUAAUCUUUUGAUAUAUAUUCGCAAUAGAUAUGAUUAUUUAAUGCUCAUAGUACGUUUAUCAAUAAGAUCUCCCGUGAAUGAAUGUAAAACAAAAGAUGGCGCGAUUCGUUUGUUUGUGAUUGGUUGAAGGGAUCGUGUCGCGUGUCUGUGAUUGUUCAUUGACCAAUCAGAACGCGUUAUCAUUUUUUUUACAUUCUUGUAACGUAAAUUUAAAGUGUAAGUGUAAAAAUAUGAAAGUAUUCUUUAAAAUUAGUUUUAUUUUCUGAUUUAUUUGACGUUGGCUGUAAAUAGCUGGAAUAGGAGAUUUAUAUUUAUUUUGAAGAAUUUAUAUGCGAUCGAAAUGUUAUGAGUACCAUUUUGUUGCGUUUAAUACCUAUUCGUACAAAGUACUUAUUGUAAUUUAGUCGUUUAAUGUAUUUUUAACGAAUUUGUUAUGUAAUUAAAAGUUAAGUAUACAGCA